AGAACAGAGCUGAUCUAAGCUUGUGAGGACACAGAACAGAGCAGAGCUAAGGUUGUGAGGACUGAGAACAGAGCAGAGCUAAGGUUGUGAGGACUGAGAACAGAGCAGGUCUAAGGUUGUGAGGACCGAGAACAGAGCAGGUCUAAGUUUGUGAGCACGUGGAACAGAGCAAGGCUGAGCUUGUGAGGACUCGGAAGAGAGUAGAGCUAAGUUUGUGAGAACGUGGAACACAGCAGGACUAAGCUUGUGAGGACUCCGAACAUACCAGGUCUAAGUUUGUGAGGACGUGGAACAGAGCAGAUCUAAGUUUGUGAAGGUUGUGGGAACUCUGGAGAGAGCAGGGCUAAGGUUGUGGGGUCUGGAUCCAGCUAGUGGACUCAUCUCUCAAUGAAGAGUCUGUGACUGGGAACGUCACUACAGACAGAACACAGAACAUGGCGCAUAAAAAUCAGCAGAGCAGGGCAAGGAUGGGAACAUGGAACUUCUCUUCCUUACGGAUCAAUAGUAGAACUCCCGACGAUGUUGGAUUUGUGCCAAGGCCCAGGUUAUUCUCCUCAGUGAAAGCAGACUUCUGGAAAAGUGAGAAGUCGCCGGGGGAGACGGUCACAGAAGCCAAUGGCAAGGCGAGGCCUCCGGCAGGCCAGGAGUUCAAUGCCGUUAUGUCCAUCGAGGAUGAGGAAGUUGAUCAUGGUCGGAUGAAGACCCUGAGCAACAUGUGGAACAAUAUUCAGGGGAAACUCACCAGAGAAAGAGGUGCUAAGGACCCCACCCCGCCCCAGGGUGCGUCCCCGGGGCCCUCCCCAGCCAGAACCUCUGCGCAGGAAAGGUGCCAUGCCAGCGAGCAGUUCUUCUUCGAGUACCUGGUGGUGGUCAGCCUCAAGAGGAAGACAGAGGGAGGCUAUGAGCCUCAGAUCACGUACCAGUUCCCCAAGUGUGAUGGGAUGCUGAAAUUCCAGAAGCAGGAAGAGGAGAAGACCCUGAAGGCAAUCACCCUGUUCUGCUUCCCUGAGGGGAUCAGCUGGACCCCCCUGACAGAGUACCGCAGUGAGACCUUCUCUUUCGUUUUGACGGAGGUUGAUGGAAGCAGGAGAAAUGGCUACUGCAGGAGACUGCUGCCCCAUGGCAAGGGAGCACGCCCCCCAGAGGCCUAUUGCAUCAUCAGCCGAGUGGCCUGUUUCGGACUCUUCUCAAAGAUCUUCGAUGAGGUGGAAAAGCGGAGGCAGAUCUCCAUGGCGAUGAUAUACCCUUUCAUGCAGAGUCUGCGUGAGGCGCCCUUCCCUGCUCCAGGCCACACGGUCAACAUCAAGAGCUUCAUCCCCGAGUCGGGCACGGAGAUCAUCAGCCUGACCCGGCCCCUGGACUCGUGGCUGGAGCACGUGAACUUCCACACGCUCUUCCGCUGCCUGACCCACAAGGAGGUGCUGCAGGUGUUCGCCGCCACCGUCCUGGAGCGACGCAUCGUCUUCGUCGCCGAGGAGCUCAGCACUCUGUCUCAGGUGAUUCAUGCAGUGACUGCCCUCCUCUACCCCUUCACCUGGCAACACACCUUCAUCUCCAUCGUCCCGGAGAUCCUCAUUGACGUCGUCAUGGCACCCACUCCCUACUUGCUGGGGGUGCAGAAGCACAUGCUGGACUCUGUCACAGAUUAUACUGACUUGCUCAUUGUGGAUUUAUCAGAGGGAGCAGAGAGUACCUUCAUUACCAGUGUGGGGGAUGAGGAUACCAUCCUACCACGGAAACUAGAAGAAGAAAUCCUCCUUGCUUUAAGUGCUAGGAAAGAGAAUUCAACCCCAGAGGAACUGAAGAAGGUGGUGUCCGAAGCCUUCCUGCCCUUCUUCGUGAAGACGGUGGGCCACUUCCGCGGCUACGUGAAGCGCGGCGGCAGAGGCCAGCCGGGCGUCUUCCAGAAGAAGAGCUUCUACAAGGCCGUGGAGCCCAAGGCCACCCGCCAUUUCGUCAAGAGGUUCAUCCAGACGCAGAUGUUCGACCUCUUCGUCCAGGAGGUGGAGCAGCAGCCGGCCUCGACGGAAGGUUUUUUCCAGAAGAAAAUAGCUGAAUACCAGGAAAAGAGAAGAGCAGAAAAGGGAAAGAAAAGCUAAAAUGGAGUCAGUGGGGUCUAGGAACUAGGUCAAUACUGUAGAUAGGCCUGCUUUUGUAAAUAUGGCUUCCAAGAGUAAAUAAUGUAUUUUUUAAUCGAUAGGAUAUCAUUUUUACAUUGUAUAUCUACAUUUGUGGGGGGGGGGGGUUGGUUAAGCUGUUACUGGUUCAUGCUGCUAUAAAGUGGUCGAUUUUGUAGUUUUAAAUAAUUGGGUUGGAGAGGUAUGUUUUGAAGCGCAUACUUUGUCCCGAUGUCUGACACGGGCAAAGGGUCCUAUUCUCUCCUCUCCCACACUGUGUGUCUGAGCCUCCAUUUUACUGCAUCUCCCCUCAUGUGAUGUAGGAAGGGAAUAAAGGCAAAUAAAGAGUUCUUUUAAUGAUCUUUUCAA